GUCGAUGGGUGUGUCACUUUAACUGUAAUAUGAGAACCAUAUGACCAAUAGGAAGAGAAAAACAGAUCGGAUAAAUAAUUUCUUCCUCAAACUAAAGCGAAUGAAAAGUUCUCACUGUGAGGCCAGCAGGGAUUCACUCUAGUUGAGUUUGAGCAAGGAAGCAGGCCACAGUCCAACAAAACCAGAACAGCUCUACAUUUUAUACUGUUAUUUGUUGUUCACUGAAUAAUAUCAAGCAAAGAUGGCCGGCCAGCUACAGAAGAUCGUAGCAGAGAAGAAGAACGUGGUAGAGACUGUAAUGGAAGUGUUUGAACAGGGAGCUGAGGUGGUGGCCAGUAUCGCAGGUGACCUCUUCCCUGUUUUCGCCAUCGCUGCUCCCAUCGUGAAAUUGGCCCUCGACAAUGUGGAGAGCAAGGAAGCUGCGUUCAUGAAGGAGCAGUUCCAGAAAGUUCGUGAACGCCUGGAGGUGGUUUCAGAGGAGAUGCAGCGUAUUAACGAGGAGAUCAAGAAGAGCGGAGCGGACACUGCUUACUUUUCUGUAGAGGAGAACAUCUCCAACCAGUUCCGCAAGUACAUGGACAUCCUCAAUGCCAAACCCAAGUUUCGUGAAGUCAAGAAGAAGCUUUUCAUGGAGCAUUUUGUCAAAACAGGUGGCGACAAAAACCUACACACCCUCUAUAGUGCCGUGACGGGAGACAACUUCUCUGGAGAGUCAGUGUUGGAAAUUACUCUUAACUAUGAGGAGAAAAGUCGACGCGCAAUGGAAGACUUCUGUGCCAGGUUGAAGAAACUCUUUUGCAUAGGCCUCAUCGCUCUGAUGGGCUACACCGCUCUAAAGGACUGCGAUGACGAAGAGAAGCUUCUUCAAGACUGGGGUGAAAAGAUGAAGGAUGUUCAGGUGAAAAUGAAUGCUGUCAUUGAGGACUGCAUCACCAGCUUCCCCAAGCAGGCUGAACUAGAUUCCCGGAGGUUGGUUAGGGACCACUCUGACCUGAGCAACCAGCAGCUGGCAGAUGCCAUUUUGGAGAAGCUGAAAAGAAAGUAUGACUGGGUGUGCUGGUCUGUCCGUGUAUUCAGCUCCCCUUCGGGCCUGUUCUCCAACAAAAAGGACAUCCAGUGCCCCACAGGAAAAAAUCGCUUUCAGGUGCCAGCAACAGACGAGAAGCUGAACAUCAUGGUGUCCUACAGUGCCUCGCCUGAGCCUCUGAACAAGACCCACAUCCAGCAGCUGAUCCUGGAUCAGAAGAAAAUCACCGUAGUGGGUACAGCUGAGCUCCUGUUUGAGCAGUUGCCAGGUCCAUGUGCAGUCCACACGGUCAAGACUUGCAAAGACCUGGCUUGUGCCUGGAGCUUUGCUGAAGAGCUACACUACUGGGAGGAGCACAAGAACUUCUAUGUUUGCGUUCACUACAAUUGACAUUUUCUCACUUAAAAAUGAAUUAAUAAUUAGCCAUAGAUACCAAGAUUAUAUUCAGUCCAAUUUGGUCUUUACACUAAGACUGACAUUUCCAAGUACUUUCUCUCUUUCUCUGUUGAGUUCUGAUCCCCAGCUAUACUAAUGAGGAGGAACAUAGGCUAACAUUUAUUAUAAAGCAUGAUACUUACCAAAGACUGUUUUACCUGUUCAUCUAUUCUUUGUAAUGUUUUUCUUUUAUGUAUCCCCCCCUACUAAAAUAGUGUAAAUAAAAUCUAAUUUCUGCUUUACAUUUUCAAAUAAACCACACAUAAUAACUGUGAUAGUCAUGAUCUAUGCCUCUGAGAAUGUAAAUUAAACUUUGUGUCUUGAUACAUAUUCUA